AUGCAACUUAGAAGAGCGGCUAGAGUCAUUCUCGUAGGCGCCCCUGGCGUCGGCAAGGGCACCCAGAGCGAACGUCUUCUCCGACGAUUUCCUCAACUUGCGUCCAUAAGCACCGGCGAUUUGCUGCGCACCAAUGUCAAGAACAGGACACCUCUCGGCAUCAAAGCCGAGAGCACCAUGAAGUCUGGCGGCCUCGUCGCAGACGACCUGAUGCUACGCCUAAUCUCCAGCGAACUUCGAAAUCGUGGGUGGCUGCAGAACCACGGACCCCCCGAGGUCAUGACGCUCUCAUCAGAGGCCAUCUCUGCCUCAGAGAUGCGCAACCCCGACGACAUCGCAUUCGAUGCUUUCGCAGCUGGCCGUCCCAUGUCUCCUGCACAAGCCUCCGAGGACCCGACUGCGUCCUUCAUCCUGGAUGGCUACCCCCGCAAUGCAGCCCAAGCCAACAGUCUCGAGGGCAUCGUGCCCAUCAACUUGGCAGUUUCACUCAAGACACCCUUUGAAGUCGUCCUCGAGCGCAUUGCCGGUCGCUGGGUUCACGAGCCCUCGGGCAGAGUAUACAACACUACUUUCAAUGCGCCAAAGGUCCCAGGCCGUGAUGACAUCACUGGCGAGCCUCUCAUCCAACGGCCCGAUGACACCGAAGAGGUUUACCGUGCACGCUUCCAAAAGUUCCAGGAGGCUAGCGAACCCUUGCUAGAGCACUACGCUAAGAAGGGCGUCCUCGUCGAAGUUGAGGGCAUGAGCAGCGAUGAGAUUAGCCCGAAGCUGUACGAUGUCUUUGAGCAACGGUUCGUCAUGUAA